AGAUUUUAGAUGAGAAAUGAGGAAAUGAGGUGUUCUGCCUUGUUUAAGACAGCACGUAGCGUGAGUUAACUAACGCUGCGCUAGUUAACUCACGUAGCAUUAGUUAAGUGGCGCAGUGAUUAACACUUGCGCUAGUUAACUUGCGCAAGGGUAUUUUUGACUUGGUUGUAAGGUGCGAGCAAAAUGUGCAUGGUGAAGAGCAGAAUUCAAAAAAUAAAAAUAAAAAUUUCACACAAACGCAACGGUAGAAAUGGGCGGGUAAAAAGCUCAGUAACUUUACUUCAAACUUACUUGAGCAACACGAGUACACACAAAACCCUUAAAACCCACGCAUAGAAAUAGAAAGAAGAAAAAACACACACACAGCAAACGCAACUCUUCUUCAACCUAUAGGCAUUCUUCACCCUAGGCAACAACACACUUUUCCAGUAUGCCUCUGCUUUGUGCAUACAGAGGAAUGAAUUCUUUCUUGAAGCAAAAUGCAACUGCAACGGCACCACCUUCGGUGUCGUCGCGAUUUCUGUCCUACAUGUUCAACAAAUUCUUUGAAUACUUUAGUCAGAUUAUGAUGGCUUUAGUGUUAUGUCUAAUCACCUUUUUCAAAAACCUGAUUCUUGCGUUCUUGAGAAACCUACUUCAAUGGCUGAGAAACCUAUUUCAAUGGCUGAGAAACUUAUUCCAACCUUCCGAUAAUGACAGCCGUGAAGAUGACCUAGAAGAUCCAACAUCCGACGACGACACCAUUGUUCCGGGAGAAGGUAUUGAGGAAAUCCCCAACCCCACCAUCCCAAGAACUCAAGAUUCCGAUGGUGUGCAAGGACCAACUGAACUCCCAACGGAAACCACACAAGGCACACAACCAGCUGAAGGUAUUGGCGGAACUGCAUCCGAGAUAGAAACGUCACUAAUCGAUGCUCAAGCCACACAACUACCACAAGGAACCACACAAGGCACACAAGCAACACAAGGUAUUGGUGGAACUGCAUCCGAGACAACAACGUCACCAAUCGAUGCUCAAGCCACACAACUAGCACAAGGAACCACACAAGGCACACAACCAACAGAAGGUAUUGGUGGAACCCUAUCUGAGACAGCAAUAUCACCAAUCGAUGCUCAAGCCACACAACUACUAGAACAAGAAGGUGGAAAUACCGUCGUCAAUGUGGUCGAUUUCUCUGAUUUGGAAGAAAUUAUUUUCUCUCUAGUUGAGGAGAUACUUUCCUUUACCAUUUAUGGUCUUUGGUAUGGUCUUUUGAAGGUGAUUUUCAAGUGGUAGUAGAAGCGGAAGAUGUGAAGGAAAUAGAAGAAACUAAUUAGGGUUCAGGUGAUUUUCCAAGUAGUAGUAGAAGCAUAAAAUGUUAAUAGAGUAAUGAAGGUAAUAGGAAAAAGUUAUUAGGUUUGGUUUAGGGUUCAGGUGAUUUUGAUGUUGAUAGAGAGUAAACGAAGGAAAUAGAAAAAAAAAACUUAUUUGUGUUGGCUUAGGAUUUGUCUGAGAGAUUGUUUGUAUAUGGAAGAUAUUUCUUGAAUACUAUGAGCAUUAUCAUUUUGAAAAGCUUGAUUUAGUUACUAA